AUGGAACCCAACAUCCCCAGCCACGACGACCCCAAGUCAAAGUAUCCGGCCCAAGCCCAAGCCGUUGACUUGUGGUCUUUGGGCAACGGUGAUGAAAUGGAUAUAGAUCUGAUAGAUCCGGCCUUGGACGACUUAUACCCUUUCGACAACCCUAAUCCCGACGACCCUAAUCCCUCUCCUUCCCUUCCUCCUCCUCCUCCUUCUGCUCCCCCUGCAACACAACCUCUGCAACCGCCGCAGGACCAACCUCGUAUACCCCUUGAGGUUAUGCAGCGUAUUGAAGCCAACAUCGCCAGGGUGCAGGCUGCACUCAAUGCCAUGGGCGCAGCCCAAUCCCAGCACCAGAACCAAGAUGCCCCUAAAAACGCCCCUUCCACGCCACCCAACAACCGGUCCGUUGGUCCCAAAACCCCCGUGGAAGGAGAACAAGGCAGCAAGAACAAAGUUCAGUCCAGUUCCGUCGUUGACUUUGAUGGCCUUUUGGAAAGUCUCAAGAAGACUCUUGACAACCUGCCCGACGACGACACCGACGACACUUGUUCUCUCACUCUUCCACGUCCGAGACCCAAUGAUAUGUUGACGGUCCAUGAUCUCUUCACCCUCCUUCGUGCUGCUCCACCCAAGGUAGGAUGCGUCAUUCCCAACUCCGAGAGACAGAUCUGGUACCGGCCGACUCAAGCGGAUUAUGUGGAGCUGAACCAAGCCGGCAGUGUGGCGGAUAUUGUACAUAAUUAUCUCCUCAAGCCAUCGUACUUGACGACCUACUUGAGCGAUGCAUGUGGGUGGAUGUUAUGGUUCAUGUAUGACAAGACUCAGUGGUGUACUUGCCGGUAUGACCCCGUGAACACAAGGUUCGUGAGAGGCGAUGAACCGCCGGGCGGCAAUGGAAGUGGCGCCUUGGUCGUCGGAUACAGGACGCCUUGGGCUCCAAUCUGUAAUGGGUGUCGAGGAGAUAUAAGUGUGGAGGUCAGGGUUUUGGAUUAUCUGGCUAGGUGGUUCAGUUUCCCGGUUCCUGAGGGGAGCAAUAUUUUGGAUGUGAUAGAGGCCAGGGUGCAGGCAGAACGGUUCCAACAAGCUGAUGUUGCCGGGCCAUGGACGCCGAAUGGGCCUCCGCCGGAGCCAGAAGGUCGGGCUGAGAUUGAGCUGUCGGCUAAUUCCAAAGCCUUGUCUCGCAAGUUCCAAAGUCUGCUUCAGGGGUUUUCGGGCGGGGCGUUGGAUGAAGCGAAUGCUGCAAGAAAGCCGAAGCGCCGACGUUAUGAGGAAGAGGAUGAGACGGGCGAGAGCAACAAGCGUCAACGUGUUGAGGAGAAGCGCCAUCGUCUUCCUGAUGGAUCCUUUCUCUAUGAUCCCUUUGUUGAUGAUACAUCGGCUGACGUCCCUCUUUCCGGUGGUGAUCCUUUCGGUGGUACUGGAGAUGCCAUGAUGCUCGAUAAUGAUGAUGAUGAUUGGCCUUCUGUUGCUGCUGCUCCUCCUCCUCCCAACAGUCCCAACGCACCUCACGUCGCCACCGCCAACAACCAAACUAACAACAACCCGCAGCCUCCCCAGCGACCACAACAGCUCCAGCGAUCCCAACGAUCUCGGCGACCUCGAGUUGCGAAUCCCGAGGGCAUCCCACCCAGAGCCACGGCUGCGGAUGCCCAUGCACGCCUUGCCGCGGAAGGGAAAGAGUAUCCUCCGUGGCCUGUGGACCUUUUGCCGGGGCAGCAUUGCAAUAAUUGCAAGAGCGUCAGAAUGAAGCCAGCCAAGGAAAACACGAGAAAAUGUCAGAAAUGCAUAGACACGCACGCCAAGAUACGUGAAAUCAACCGAGAGCGCGGCUACUGUACGAACAUGGGGUGCAAGCAGCAUCAAGGGAUCCCCAGACCAUUGAAGGAAAACGGAGAGCCGUUUGCCUACUGUCCGCAGUGCAGGGAGAAAAGCAACCAGAAACAUGCUGCUAAGCUGAAGAAGGCCAAGAAGGGUCAAGAUGGGGGUGGAGGAGGAGGAAGUGAGCAGGGAGGUGGUCAAGCACAGGCAGCUUGA